AUGAUUAACCUAUUGUGGUGGUUUUCUCUGCUUGCUUUCGGAGAGAUUGCGGUAGAAUUUGAGACAAUUAUAACUUUAGUGUUCAUAGACAUUAAUCAACAAAAUAGUGACCAUCACGAAUCAAUAUGUAUGACCAAAGUUUCACGAGACUAUGAAUUUCAGAAGUCCAGACCUUGCGCCUAUCGGCUAUCGGUGCAUGAAUUACCUGACGAUGAAGACUCUAGUUCUUUGACUACUACAAUGCUGUCAACACUCAGUUCUACUACUCAAUCUGAAAUGUCAACAAACGAUAGCACAUUGUGGAGCACAACCACUUCGCCUACAUGCACGCAAAACGGCUGCCGCUCAAAAACUCUGACGUGUAAAACCAACAAUGGAACUCAGGAAGACUGUGGUGUUUGUGUACUGCGACAGAUAUACAAUAGAGACAGGAAAGCUCAUGGGAAACCUCUGAAUGUAUCAUACCAUUGUCAGAAGUAUUCGAACUAUCCAGAGUCUGCUGUGAAUAUGUGUACUGAUGUGAAGGUCCACUAUCCAAAUAUGAAGAUAUAUAAGUCUGAAAAGUUCAUCUACGUGAAGUACUGUUGUCGGUCAUCAAUGUGCAAUCAGAAAAUGUUUACCCCGUUAAUACCGAAGUUCCAUAUACAAACGGAAAAUGUGGAUCAAAUAUACUUUGACUACUUCAUCACAUGUACGGAAAUGAUGGUAGUGACAUUCGUUGCUUUCUGGCCACUUGCCAUAAUUCUCAAAGAAGGAAAGAAGGAAAAGAAACUCUACGCAAUGCUCAACCAACCCAUGGAACCAGUAAUACUCGAUUCGAAAAGUGCGCCUUCAAUGAAAACUGUUGCUAUACCUAAACGGAUCACAGGACAAUUAAAGUUUAAAGAACUUUGUCGGGAUCUAACAAACAUGGAAUUACGUAUGAGAAAGGCGUGCAUUGAUUUCAAGGAAGAUGCGAAACCGACAUACAAGAAAUUUGAGUUUAGAGCAGGCGGAAAUGGACAUAAUAUUGUGAAGGUCGACCGUUUUAUAAUGGUAAGCUACGAGAGCUAUAUUUUAUCGCAGUUGAUCGAACAUGGACCGUAUCUUUACGAAUGGACUCCUUUUGAACUUGUUUCGCUGUUAUCGCAAGCGGCGGACAUAUUCGAAGGUGAAAGCACAAUGCUAACACUGAGGGCACCAAUCACAGUUAUCGGAGACAUAAGAGGACAGUACCAAGAUCUGUAUCGAUGGCUUACUAUUGCUGGCUUUCCACCCAGACAAAAAGUUUUAUUUCUUGGAGGUGUUGUUGACAAAGAGGAAGCAGGUUCUAUUGAUUGCCUCGCUUUGAUCGCUGCGAUGAAACUAAGAUUCCCGCAUGAUGUGUUCUUUAUUCGCGGGAUCGGUGAAACACUUCCAAUAAAAUUCCAACCACGAUUUCGCAGGCGAAACGACUCAGCAAUUCAAUCGGCUGCAACUCGUUUGUGCAACAGUCUUCCCAUAGCAGCACGCAUAUCAAAUCAAAUUCUAGCUGUUCACAGCGGCCUCGCUCACGAGAUAUCCGAUUACGAAUCCAUAACGGCAAUAAAGCGACCAUUCACGCUCGCCGAUAUGUCGUCGCUUGCUAGGCAACUGAUCUUUGGCCAGCCCACCACUAAAAUCAGCAUGUAUCGCGAAAAUCCAGGGAAGAAUUCUUCUAUAUUUGGUUUUGGUGCAAUCAACAGAGUUUGUCAUGAUAUGGGGGUAAGACUUAUCAUUCGAUCCCGCAAUCCUCUGGACGAUGGAAUUUGCUGGCUAGGAAAGAAGCAAAGGAUGGUCAGUAUAUGGAGUGCGCCAGCAAAACAAUCGAACAAGGGAGCCAUUCUCAGUAUCUGCGCGAACUUCGUUAUCCAUGUUUACACUCUUGAGAAACAGAGAUCAAGUAAAAAAGGAAAAAGCAGUGAUAAUUGA